AUGCCGCCGGUCAGCGAGCUGAGUUUCAGGCGCGCGAUGAUCAACCUCACGGACGCGGGGAGGCUGGGCGAGGGCGAGGACCUCAACGAUGCGCUCCUGGAUUUCUUCACGAGGCUGGGCCAGUUUCUGAUACCAGCGAAGGGCGACGAGGAGACGCCCUGCGUGUUCCUCGGGGCGCACUUCUUCAAGCAGUUGAGGAGCGCGUUCGCCACGUCUGGUGAGCAGGGCUGGAAGAACGUGCAGAAUUGGGCCAAGAGGAAGGCAGGCGGGCUGUUCAAGCCGCAGUACGCCGCUUUUGUUGUCCCCAUAAACGAGGACUUGAAAGACGACAAAGGGCAGGACGCAGGCAACCAUUGGUGGCUCGCGUUGAUUCUGAACCCUGCUGGGGGUGCGAGGGCGGAGCCGACUGCGGUGAUGUGUCUGGAUUCUAUGCAGAGGCGCCAGAAGACGUUCGAUCCGCCACUGCGUGGGUCUCUGCAGGGCUCUCGUGGAGGUUACACCGUAGAGGUCACCCAGGUAGAGCAGGCCGGCUACCUCUUGAUAGUCUCUUUUUCUGCUCGAGGUGAUGGGAGCCAGGGCGCGAUUCAGCGGCCGGAGAAGUCUCGGCUUCUCGCAGACGGGGUUGUCAGCAGCAACCCCACUCUCGGCCUGAGGAUAAACAUGCCUGGCAAUGAAGACGUGCCCGGGCAUUUCGAGGGGACCCUCACGUUCUCGCUGGAUGGCCGGGUGCGGGCUUCCACCUUCGCUUUCGCGUUCGGGGAAGGUGCCUACUCGCCUAUUACAAUGGAGUUCGACCCUUUUGUGUUGACGCCCCUGCAGAAGGACGUCUCACGGUUCAUCGGAGGCUAUCUCGCGAAGGAGUGGGACACGAACGGUCCAGAUAAGAAGCUCAAGUUCGAGAAGACAUCUGCUCGCGCUCUCGUUGCGGAUGUGCACCAACAGGAGAAUCUUAAUGAUUGUGGCGUGUUUGUAUCCAUUU